AUAAAAUCAGAAUGGAUGGCUCUUUUGCUGGCGAGGUUCCUGCAAUACUGCAACUCUGCAAAUGGGUCCCAUCUAAAUUCCAGCUCAAAUUGUCAGAAUUUCGUGAAGCUUUCAUUUCUCCAACAAGAGAGCAACUACUAUUGCUCUCAUAUCAAUGUGAAGCUUUGCUUCUUCCUCUGACUAAAGAUGACCCUGUUGACAAUAUGGUUCCAGAAAUUUGUUAUGUUGAAAGUUCUGAACAUCUAUGUUCCUCAGCUUCAUUUUCACAAGUCUUGACAACACCUAGUAGGUCAGAUUCAAUGGACAGUAUUCCGUGCCCUUCUGGAUCAGUAAUUGAUUUUAGUAAUGGUUUUUCUCUUGAUAGUAAAGUUUCAAAAGCUAAUAGUUACCCUUUUAUUUCUGAUGUAAACUCACUGGCUUGGGGUGUAUGUGGAGAUACCUAUAAUCAGCACGAGGAUGCUUCGUUUAGGGAAUUAUUAUUUGUGUCUGGCAACCAUGGCGUCACAGUCCAUGCCUUUUCUUCUCUUGAUGAAACUAGUGAAAAAAUGACCACACCUAUGCCGGAGGUUGAGUUUAGGCAAGGGAGUUGGGUUGAGUGGGGACCUUCUACAUCAGCUCGAACUGUAGAGGGAGAGGAUUAUAUUAAUUUGUGUCCUGAUGCCUUUGGAAAUCAUGGGAAAGGGGACUGGGGGGAUAAGCGAUUGAAUGGUUUUUCUGCUCAGUCAAGGUUAAAUAGUCAAAGGUUUAAUGUUUCUGAAACACAAUCAUACCCCAUCAGAAGAAUAUUUCUUCCUUCUGAUAGGUUUGGAGGAGAUGAUUGUAUAUGUUUCUCCCCUUUCGGAAUCACUCGGCUAAAUAGAAAUUGUAAUAGCAAAGAUGAAAGAAGUGCUCAGAUCAUUCACUUAAAUCUGCCUAUUGAUAUGUCAGUUACUAAAAAUUCGAUGUGCGACAUCACUCAUGUCCAAGGUAGAAAAGAAGUUUCUAUUGGAGAAGCUGUGGGCUGCAGUUUCCAGGGUUAUAUUUAUUUGGUAACUAAAUGUGGUCUUUCAGUAUUUCUACCCUCUGUUUCAGUUCCAUCUGAUUUCCUUCCUCUUGAGAUCAGUGGACACCAACAGCCAAGCAGGAAUACAGGCAUUGGAAGUCAAUUAGAAAUGUCACAACUGAACCAGCCUUAUUUAUGUUCAUGCUCACCAUGGCAAGUUGAGAUUUUGGAUAGAGUUCUUUUGUUUGAAGGCCCUGAAAAAGCAGACUGUGUAUGUUUGGAAAAUGGUUGGGACCUGAAAAUUUCUCGGAUGCGUCGACUGCAAAUGGCCUUGGAUUACUUGAAAUUCGAUGAGAUAAAUGAAUCUUUGGAUAUGCUUGUUAACGUGGAGCUCGCAGAAGAAGGCAUUUUGAGGUUGCUCUUUUCUGCAAUCCAUCUGUUGGUGCAAAAAAGAAGUAGUGAUAAUGAAGUUUCUGUGGCAUCAAGGCUUCUUGCACUUGCAACCUGCUUUGCGACCAAAAUGAUUCGUAAGUAUGGAUUCGUUGAGCACAAAAGGGAAGCAUACCUAUUGGAGAGACUGCAUGGGUCCCGAAUGCUUUGUCUUCCAUCUAUUUUACCGGAUAAAGCAGAAAAUGAAAUUGGAAACUCGAGAAGGAUGCAUGAGAUGGCUCGCUUUUUGGAGAUCAUACGUAACCUGCAACGUCGAAUUAGUGCAAAAUUUAAGAAGUCAAGCCAGGGUGAUGGUGAAAGGGCAUUAAGUUUGGUGGAUCCUGGUUCAUUGCAGGAUGAGUCUCAUUUUUCAAUUGCUCCAGCAGAUGCUCUAUCAUUAGAGACAUUGAAUAAGCAGGAAAUUACUAUCUCUGCAUCUGCAUCAGCCUUCAAUGAUACUGACAAAUUUGCUUUGAUGCCUAAGGAUUACGUGAACACCAAAGCUUCUGGGGUUUCAGAUGACUCAACUGACGUAGCAGAUCUUGAGCCGAAGAAGGUUCUUCCAUUGGAAAAUCCAAAGGAGAUGGUUGCUCGUUGGAAAAUCGACAAGUUGGACCUAAAAAGUGUGGUGAAAGAUGCUCUACUGUCUGGCCGUCUUCCUUUAGCUGUCCUUCAGCUACAUCUUCAUCGUUCAAGAGAAAUCAUUGCAGAUGAAGAGCCUCAUGAUACUUUCACUGAAGUUCGUGUCAUUGGGAGAGCUAUUGCAUAUGACCUAUUUUUGAAGGGUGAAAUUGGAUUGGCUGUAACAACAUUGGAAAAGCUUGGAGAGGACAUUGAAACGUGUCUCAAGGAGUUAUUUUUUGGCACAGUUAGAAGAUCUUUACGAGUACAAAUCACAGAGGAGAUGAGAAGGUAUGGUUAUUUAGGACCAAAUGACUGCAAGAUAUUGGAGAGACUAUCACUUAUUGAGAGGUUUUAUCCUAGCAGUGUUUUCUGGAAAACUUUUGAAGGCCGUCAGAAACUCAAGCAAGUUGCAUCAACUUUGAACUCUAUUGAAGAAAUAAAUUUGCACCUGUUGGGUUCACAUAUGUUCAACAAUCUAAUAAUCAAGUGUGGGGAAAUUGAUGGAGUUGUUUUAGGUUCAUGGACGAGUACCAAUGAAAAUUCAUCUGAUCCAAUGAUUGAGGAAGACAAUUCCCAGGCUGGUUACUGGGCUGCUGCUGCAGUCUGGUAUGGUGCCUGGGAUCAGAGAACUAUUGAUCGGUCUUGGAAAGUGAUGAAAAGGUUUCAUGUUAAUACCAUCCAUGCUUUACAUAAAUUAGUUGUACAGCACUGUGCACAGUAUAACUUGCCAAACCUUCUGGAUCUCUAUCUUGAUCAUCACAAGUUGGUCUUAGAUAAUGAUUCGCUUUGCUCAUUAGAGGAUUCUGCAGGGGAUUGUCAAUGGGCAAAAUGGUUGCUACUGUCUAGGAUCAAGGGACGAGAAUAUGAUGCCUCAUUUUCUAAUGCACGUUCAAUAAUGUCACAUAGUUUAGUUCUGGGCAGAAAUAUCACUCUUCCAGAGAUUGAUGAAAUAAUCUGCACUGUUGAUGACAUCGCAGAAGGAGGUGGAGAAAUGGGAGCUCUAGCAACUCUUAUGUAUGCCCCUGCACCGAUUCAAAGAUGUAUAAGUAGUGGUAGUAUUAACAGGCAUAGCAGCUCAUCUGCCCAGUGUACAUUGGAGAACCUGAGACCCACCUUGCAACGAUUCCCCACACUUUGGCGCAAGCUUUUAGCUGCAUGUUUUGGUCAAGAUACAACUUCCAAUUUUUUGGGACCUAGAGUGAGAAAUGCUUUUACAGACCACCUAAAUUGGCGUGACAACAUAUUCUUCUCUGCUGUGCGUGACACUUCACUUCUGCAGAUGCUCCCGUGCUGGUUUCCUAAGGCUGUGCGGAGAUUAGUUCAGCUUUAUAUUCAGGGUCCUCUUGGAUGGCAAUCCUUUUCAGGCCUUCCUGUAGGUGAAUCUGUACUACAUAGAAAUAUUGAUUUCUCGAUAAAUUCGGAUGAGCAUGCUGAGAUGAAUGCAAUCUCCUGGGAAGCAAUAAUCCAGAGGCAUAUUGAAGAUGAACUAUAUGAUUCUUCACGGGAGGAAACUGGACUUGGUCUUGAGCACCACUUGCAUCGUGGACGUGCAUUGGCAGCUUUUAAUCGCCUACUUGGACUUAGGAUUGAAAAACUUAAAUUGGAAGAUUCUCUGAUGCAUGGCCAAUCAAACGUUCAAUCAGAUGUCCAGAUACUACUUUCACCUAUAACACAAAGUGAAGAAUCUCUUGUUUCAUUUGUCAUGCCAGUUGCAAUUACUCAUUUUGAGGAUUCCGUGUUUGUGGCUUCAUGUGCUUUUCUUCUUGAGCUUUGUGGCCUAUCGGCCAGCAUGCUUCGCGUAGACAUAGCUGUCUUGAGGCGGAUAUCUUCCUUCUACCAAUGUACUCAAAAUGGUGACAUUUCUAAGCAAGUUUUGGGGAAGGGUUCUGCAUUUCAUUCACUACACCAUGAAGGUGAUAUAGUAGCAUAUCUAGCUCAGGCACUGGCAGAUGAAUAUGUUCACCAAGAUACUGUAGGCAGUUUCAACCAGAAAGGUGCUCCAAAAAUAAUUGCUAAUAGACGACCUUGUCGUGCUCUCAUGCUUGUUCUACUGCAUUUGGAAAAGGCUAGUCUUCCACAACUGGUUGGUGGAAGGACAUGCGGGACUUGGCUGUUAAGUGGAAAUGGUGAUGGAGCUGAAUUAAGAAAUGGACAAAAAGCAGCAAGCCAACUGUGGAGUUUAGUUACCAAUUUCUGUCAGAUGCAUCAACUUCCUGUCAGCACCAAAUACCUUGCUUUGCUGGCAAGAGAUAAUGACUGGGUUGGAUUUUUAUCAGAAGCUCAGAUUGGGGGAUACCCUUUUGACAUUGUCAUGCAAGUUGCCUCGAAGGAGUUUAGUGAUCGUCGUCUCAGAAUUCAUAUACUAACAGUUUGGGAAACUUCAUCGAUCAAGGUGAAUGACAUAGCUUCUCAGAUCGCCGAGAAUGUUGCAUCAGCUGUGGAAGCCUCUAAUUCCUUGCCAGCAGAUUGUAGAGCUGUCCAGUUCCGUUACAACCGGCAGACUCCAAAACGUAGACGAUUGAUGGAGCCAGUUGAUUCCUUGCCUCCCUUAUCUGAUAGUGCAAGUACUUCCCGUGGCGGAGUAUUUACUGCACAAAGCAUUAUUUCCACAGAGCAAAGGAAAACAGAAUUCAGUGAGCAUAAUAGUGUUGCAAGUGAUUUAGGUGAUGGGCCUGCUUCUCUGUCCAAGAUGGUUGCAGUACUUUGUGAACAACACUUGUUUUUGCCUUUGCUAAGGUCUUUUGAAAUGUUCCUUCCUUCAUGUGCUUUAUUGCCUUUCAUCCGUGCUCUUCAGGCAUUUACUCAAAUGCGCCUAUCUGAAGCUUCAGCACAUCUUGGUUCCUUCUCUGCCAGGAUUAGAGAUGAACCAACACAUUUGCACGUACAUGUAGGAAGAGAAAGUCAUGUUGGAACAUCAUGGAUUAGUUCUAUCGCCAUAAAAGCUGCUGAUGCUAUGCUUUCAACUUGUCCAUCUCCUUAUGAAAAACGAUGUCUGCUACAACUUCUUGCUGCUACUGACUUUGGUGAUGGAGGAUCGGCUGCAACAUAUUAUCGACGGGUAUAUUGGAAAAUAAAUUUGGCGGAGCCUUUGUUGCGCAAGGAUGAUGAUCUCCAUCUUGGAAAUGAAACUCUGGAUGAUGAUGCUUCACUUUUGACAGCAUUAAUAAAGAGCAGGCAGUGGGAGCAAGCACGCAACUGGGCUAGACAGUUAGAAACUAGUGGUUCACCUUGGAAGUCAAUUGUUCAUCAUGUCACUGAAACUCAGGCGGAAUCCAUGGUAGCUGAGUGGAAGGAGUUCCUUUGGGAUGUCCCAGAAGAGCGAAUUGCUUUAUGGGGCCACUGCCAGACAUUAUUCAUUAGAUAUUCCUUCCCUGCAUUACAGGCUGGUCUGUUCUUCCUUAAGCAUGCAGACACUGGUGAGAAAGACCUUCCCGCAAGAGAGCUUCAUGAGUUAUUGCUGCUUUCUCUUCAGUGGUUAAGCGGGAUGAUAACCCAGUCUAAUCCGGUUUAUCCCUUGCAUCUUCUAAGAGAAAUUGAGACUAGAGUGUGGCUCUUGGCUGUAGAAUCAGAGGCUCAGCUGAAAAGUGAAGGAGACUUCACUUCAAAUUGUUUCAGCAAGGACACUGGGAAUGGAAAUAGCAUAAACAUUAUUGACCGGGCUGCAAAUAUAAUAACUAAAAUGGAUAAUCAUAUUACUACAGUGAGGAGCAAAACUUUAGAGAAACAUGAUGGUAGAGACAUUAGCCAGGUGCAUCACAGGAACCAAAUAUUUGACACCAGCUCUUCAACCAUAGCUGGAGGUAGUACAAAGACAAAACGGAGGGCAAAAGGCUAUGUGCCACCAAGAAGGGCGGUAAUGGACUUCAUGGAAAAGAGCAUUGAUUCUGAAGAUAGUUUGAGUUCUCUUAACUUUAAAAAUGACUUGCAGUUCCACGAUGAAAGUGUAAAAUUAGAAAUAUCAUUCUCAAAGUGGGAGGAGAAAAUUGAUCCUGCAGAGUUGGAAAGGGCUGUUCUUUCCUUACUGGAGUUUGGACAAGUAACAGCUGCCAAGCAACUCCAACAUAAGCUAUCUCCAGGACCUGUAACUCCUGAGCUUUUGCUUGCAGAUGCUGCUUUAAAGCUAGCAGCAAUGUCCACUCCUAGCAGGAAAUUACUAUUGUCGAUGCUUGAUGAAGAGUUCGUUCUGUCUUUAAGUCGUACAGAUACAGACUGUGUCUUGGAGAGUUUUGCAACUAUUAUGACUGAAGGUGGCGGACGUGGAUUAUGUAAGAGAAUAAUAGCAGUUGUAAAAGCUGCAAAUGUCUUGGGUCUUUCAUUCUCUGAAGCAUUUGAUAAGCAGCCAGUUGAAUUGCUGCAGCUACUUUCUCUCAAAGCACAAGAAUCGUUUGAGGAAGCAUGUCUUCUCGUGCAAACUCAUUCUAUGCCUGCUGCUAGCAUUGCUCAAAUACUUGCAGAAUCCUUUUUGAAGGGUCUCUUGGCCGCACAUCGUGGGGGAUAUAUGGAUUCUCAGAAGGAGGAAGGACCAGCUCCUCUCUUGUGGAGAUUUUCAGACUUCUUGAAGUGGGCAGAGCUUUGUCCUUCUGAAUCUGAAAUUGGUCAUGCAUUGAUGCGUUUAGUAAUUACUGGACAGGAAAUUCCACAUGCCUGUGAGGUUGAACUUCUUAUCCUAUCACACCACUUCUACAGAUCAUCUGCCUGCCUGGAUGGAGUAGAUGUUCUUGUAGCCCUUGCUGCAACUAGGGUUGAAGCUUAUGUUGCUGAGGGUGAUUUUCCAUGUUUGGCUCGCCUAAUCACAGGAGUUGAUAAUUUUCAUGCUCUAAAUUUCAUUCUUGGCAUUCUUAUUGAGAAUGGUCAGCUGGAUCUUCUUCUUCGGAAGUACUCGGCUGCUGCAGAUACAAAUACAAGCACUGCUGAGGCUGUCAGAGGUUUCAGAAUGUCUGUUCUUACAUCGUUAAAGCAUUUUAACCCCAAUGACCUUGAUGCAUUUGCCAUGGUCUAUAACCACUUUGACAUGAAGCAUGAAACAGCAUCAUUGUUGGAGUCAAGAGCAGUGCUGGCUUCCCAGCAUUGGUUUCGCCGUUAUGACAGGGAUCAGAAUGAAGAUCUCCUGGAUUCUAUGCGAUAUUACAUUGAAGCUGCUGAGGUACACUCCUCCAUUGAUGCGGGCAAUAAAACAUGCAGAGCGUGUGCCCAGGCUUCCCUUGUUUCCCUCCAAAUAAGAAUGCCGGAUUCUAGAUGGCUCAGUCUAUCUGAAACCAAUGCCAGGCGAGCAUUAGUUGAGCAAUCUCGCUUCCAGGAGGCCCUAAUAGUUGCAGAGGCCUAUGGUCUUAACCAGGCAAGUGAAUGGGCGCUUGUGCUUUGGAAUCAGAUGCUCAACCCAGAACUGACAGAAGAGUUUGUGGCCGAAUUUGUGGCUGUGCUUCCACUUCAGCCUUCCAUGCUUAUUGAACUAGCAAGAUUCUAUAGGGCAGAAAACAGCAAUCGCCCCUUUUUAGACGGAAUCUACUCGUUACUUUCUGGUUGA